ACCGCGUAGUUUAUGUGUAGAAAAACGGAGCUCAAAAACUGAGCCAAGUCACUUUCUCAGUUGCUUCUUCUUUCUCAUCGUUAAAAGCUAUAGGGGCCAGUCUUACCUUAAAAUCGGAAUUCCUCAAGAUUCUCUCUUUCUCUUUAUCUUCUCCUGUUUCUCUUUUUGAAAGGAUUUUUCUCUCUCUGUAUACUGGUGUAGAGUGAAUAUGGCAGUGAUGUCUUUGAAUUCGUUGCCGUUGGGGUUCAGAUUCAGGCCAACGGACGAGGAAUUAGUGAAUUACUAUUUGAGGUUGAAAAUUAAUGGCAACGAUCGAGAAGUUAGAGUCAUUCGUGAACUCGAUGUCUGCAAAUGGGAGCCAUGGGAUUUGCCUGAUUUAUCCAAUAUACAGACGAAUGAUCAAGAAUGGUUCUUUUUCUGUCCGUUGGACCGCAAGUAUCCGAAUGGGCACAGAUUGAAUAGGGCUACAAGCAAAGGGUAUUGGAAGGCGACUGGAAAGGAUCGCAAAAUCAAGUCUGGAAAUAACUUGAUUGGAAUGAAGAAAACUCUCGUCUUUUACACUGGACGCGCUCCACGUGGCAAGAGAACCCAUUGGGUCAUCCAUGAAUAUCGUGCUACUGAGGAUGAGCUUGAUGGCACUAAACCUGGACAGAGUCCAUUUGUCAUUUGUCGUUUAUUUAAGAAACAAGAUGAUACUGUGGAUUUGAAUUUAGAAGAACCUGAGGCUACUCUUUCAUCUCCAACUGCAGUUCAAUCCUCUCCGGAAGUUACAGAAUCAGAGCUAACAGUGCCGCAAGCAUCUCCGGUACAUACACCACCACCCAACAUUGUACCAUCUAAUGAAUGGUCUAACGUUAAUCAAGCAGGAGAUGAAAAGUUAGAUGUAAUGACUCCUGAGGAGGAUACACAGCUGGAAGAAUUCUUGAAUUCUUUUGCCCAACCACCUGAGCCUCUAGAUGACAAACUAUUUUCUCCACUGCACGCACAAGUACAAGCAGAAGUUGGUUCUCUAUCUUAUUCUGUCGUCAAUGACAGUGGUGUACAAUUUCAACAUGGCACGAAUGAAUUAGAAGUUGACUAUGUGACUAGUUUCCUGAAUGACAUCCUUCGGCAGCCAAUUGAGUACUCAUGCAAGGAUUCUGAAUCUUAUGGUGGAUUAGAAGCGAGCCAAGUUUUGCAGGAGAAAGAGCUGCAAGGUUCUGUGUGGCCUGAGGAAGAUAUUGACAGAAAGCUUGUUUUUCAAGGUGAAACAACUCCACAUGAUAACAGAAUUCUAACUUCUGACUAUAAUGUCUAUCAUCAGCAUAAAGAUUUUGGUUCAGUACAUAAUGAAUCCUAUGGGAACCAAAGUUUGGCUUCAAGUUUUGCUGUAGGCCAAUGCAGCAGUUUAAAGGAAACAAGCAACCAUAUGAAUCAAAUUAAUAGUGGUGAGAAUGUUGGAGCUGGAAUCAGGAUUAGGCCUCGAAAUCCACAAAGUCUACCGAAUACCCCGAACUUUCCCGCUCAGGGUGUUGCAUCGAGAAGGAUACGUCUACAGUGUAAACUCCAAGUCCAGCCAGUUAAAUUUGGUGAAAAUUGGAGCUCUAUGCCAGAAGAACACACAUCAGAUCCAAAUGUGUCUGAGGACUCAGAAGUGACAGAAAAUGAUACUUCUGUUGGAAGUGCUAGUACAACGUAUGAACAUGAACACGAGAACUUUUUGGUUUAUGAGGCCAGUGAAAGCAAUCAAUUCUCUGAAGAAUCGACGUCUAACAUUGGACCGAAUAUAAGGCUGAGGAACCGAGUUUCAGUGCUCAAAAAGGUUCCAUCUGUAAUCUCGAAGGCUUCUUCCACUCGUCGCCCAAUUUUUAUGUUUAAAGUAGUUGUGUUGGUAAUUUUGCUAGUAAUCUUAGUAAGCACACAGCCAUACCUUAGUUUUGAAACUGCAUAGAGGCCUCACCUCUCCAUGUAGUUUUGCCUGUCCUUCCCCCCCCACUCCCCUCUUUUUUUUAUCAUUAUUUUUAUAUUUUUGUCUUCGGAGUGGGUGGAUGGGUAAUGUGAUUACCGAGUAGGCAUAUGGGAGUAGAUAUGUUAGGUUAAUAUUUAUGUAUCUGGAGAUUAGUUCGUCAGAUAUACUUUCUUGGCGAGUCUUCCUGUUAAUAUACAACUUUACUGCCUUGAUAUUUUGUACAUUCCUUGCUGGUUUCAUAUUAACAUUAAAAAUUUCUUAUUCA